GCGUGACAUUGGUGGUGACCUCACUGGCUGGGCAUGACCUCACCAGGGACCCCACCGACCGGGCGUGACAUCACUGGUGACCUCACUGGCUGGGCGUGACCUCACCAGGGACCCCACCGACCGGGCGUGACAUCACCGGUGACCUCACUGGCUGGGCGUGACCUCACCAGGGACCCCACCAACCGGGCGUGACAUCACCGGUGACCCCAGCGGCCGGGCGUGACCUCACCGGUGACCUCACCGUCCGGGCGUGACGUCGCAGCCCGCAGCCAUGUGGCGCGGCGGCGGGGGGCCGGCGUGGCGGGCGCUGGCUGCCAGCGUGUGGCCCCGCGCCCCCGCCCGCCGCCGGCCGCGCCCCCCCGCCCGCGCGCCCCCCGCCGCGGGGCCGGAGCCCCCCCGGGACUACGCGGUGCCCAACGGGGGCUGGAGCAGCGCCAUGCGGCACCACUACGGCCGCCUCCUCGGCAUGGCCGCCGGCGGCGCCUGGGCGCGCCUGCCCUCCUACCGCAGCGCCCGCCACCACCUCCCGGGCGGGGGCUCUCGGGGCGACGGGGGCGUUGGGGCGGGGGGGUCGGUGCCGCAGCCCCCCCCCGACCCCGCAGGGGCGCCGCCGGGGGACACGCGGCUCUUCCUCCGCGCCAUCGAGGGCGACGGCUGCGGCUUCGAGUACGCCAUGUUCUUCAACGCCGCCGAGCGCCGCCUGCUCUGCCUCGUCCAGCCCGGGCCCUACCUGGAGGGACACCCCGGCCUGACCCACGGCGGUGCCAUCGCCGCCAUCGUCGACAGCGCGCUGGGGACCUGCGCCGUGGCCGUGGCCGGCAAGGUGAUGACGGCCAACCUCAGCAUCGACUACGUGGCCCCCGUCCCGCUGGGCGCCGUCGUGCUGCUGGACGGACGCGCCGAGCGGCUCGAGGGACGCAAGGUUUUCCUCUCCUGCGACAUCCGGAGCGCCGGCGGGGACACGCUGCACGCACGGGCCACCGGGCUCUUCAUCCGCCCGGACCCCACCAAGCACCAGCCGCAGGAGGAGGGCAGCGGCCCGUAGCCAUCUGCGUGUUCCCCAUGACCCCCGUGUCC